AUGGCAACUAAAUAUAACUUUGAAGGAAAGGUAACUCUAAUCACGGGCUCGAGUUCAGGCAUCGGCGCCGCCAUAGCCUUACUGUUUGCUCGAAGCGGUGCCCGAGUAGUGGUCAGUGGUCUGGACGGACGGGACGUCCACUCAGUAGCCGAUGAAUGCGCGACGAUAUCAUCGGCAGAGUCGGUGUUGGGGGUGGUGUCAGACGUGCGCCUGGAGUCGGACUGUCGACGACUGAUAGCUACGACUAUCGACUCGUUCGGACGGUUAGACAUUCUGGUGAACAGCACCGGUGUGUUUGAUAUGACAGGCAUAACAGACCCGGGUUACAUGCAAAAGCAAAGCCAAGUGUUUGACGUGAAUCUCAAUUCUGUUAUACUUUUAACGCAUUUAUCGGUUAAAUAUUUGGAGAUAACUAAAGGAAAUAUUAUUUACAUCUCUAGUAUUGGAGGGGAAAGAGCGGUAAUUAUAAACAUAGUUACCAAGGCCAAAAAUAUAUCAUCAUAUUGCAUGACAAAAUGUGCCCUGAACAUGUUUACCAAAUGUAUGGCAACAGAGUUGGGUACCAAAGGUAUCCGGAUUAAUGCGAUAAGUCCGGGUAUAGUGCAGACAAACAUAUUUAAAACAAGCGGUUACUCCGAUGAGCAAGCUAAAUUGUUUUGGGAAGCUGAUGCAAAUCGUGCAGCAAGAUACCCCGUUGGACAUUAUGGCGAACCAAUUGAUGUUGCUCAAUGUGCGCUAUAUUUAGCAAGUUCAAAUGCUAAUUUUAUAACAGGCACUAUUCAUGUUGUAGAUGGCGGGGCAUCACUUGGUUAUGUUUAA